UCGUACGUUUGCUUUGUGGUGAGCAUCAUCCCAUGUGAACUGCAUACCCGUUCAGGCUUGUGUACGGAAGUGGUCUGCAGGUUGUAAGGUCAAAGGGUAAAGGCUGUUCCUCUUUCGGUUGAGAACACAGCCAUCUUGGAUUUAACGAAGUCAAGUGAAAUUGAUGCGGUGACAAAAGGCAUGUUUGGUUCGAGAAAGAAAUUUGCAGAGUUCGUUGAGGUAGUGGACAACGACUUUACUGAUGAAAGCAUGUACUACAACCAGCCGUCGAUGUUUCCACAUCGGUCGGACAAAGACAUGCUGUCGUCACCUUCGCCGUCCUCAUCCUCGGGGCAGCUGUCACAGCUUGGUGCAAGUUUGUAUGGUCCACAAAGUGCACUCGGCUUUUCGGUACGAGGCAUGGGGAACAGUACGCCUCAGUUAAACCGAAAUUUAACACAAAGCACCCAGCUACAAAGUCACAUUACCCCCACAACAGGUGUCCCCACUAUGUCCCUCCAUACUCCUCCAUCGCCGAGCAGGGGGUCUUUACCGAUGAACACGAGGAACAUGCUGAACCACUCUCAGGUCGGGCAAGGCCUUAGCAUGAGCGGCAGGACCAAUAGUAUGAGCAGCUCAGGCCUGGGCAGCCCCAAUCGCAGCUCUCCAAGUAUCAUCUGUAUGCCCAAACAGCAACCAGCACGCCAGGCCUUCACUGUAAACAGCAUGUCCGGAUUUGGAAUGAACCGCAACCAAGCUUUUGGGAUGAACAAUUCAUUAUCAAGCAAUAUUUUCAAUGGCACAGAUGGGAGUGAAAACCUUGCAGGACUUGAUCUGUCAGAUUUCCCUGCAUUAGCGGACAGGAGUAGGAGAGACGGAACCGGCAAUCCAACACCGGUGCUUAACCCGCUGGCUGGAAGAGCUCCCUAUGUUGGCAUGGUGACAAAACCAUCAACUGAACAGACACAGGAUUUCUCAAUCCAUAAUGAGGACUUCCCUGCGUUGCCUGGUCCAAAUUACAAGGAUCCGUCGUUGACCAGCGAUGAAAAUAAAACUAACUUGAAUUCAACAAGCAAGAGCACAUCCAAUACAGAUGGGCCCAAGUUCCCCGGGGACAAGACGGCCUCGGCGCAGAACAACAACCAGAAGAAAGGGAUCCAGGUGUUGCCCGACGGCCGGGUGACGAACAUUCCCUCAGGCAUGGUGACGGACCAAUUUGGUAUGAUUGGCCUUUUGACGUUCAUCCGGGCAGCAGAAACGGAUCCUGGGAUGGUCCAUCUGGCACUCGGAAGCGACCUCACAACACUGGGUCUCAAUUUGAAUUCACCAGAAAACCUUUACCCCAAGUUUGCAUCACCCUGGGCCUCAGCACCCUGUCGACCUCAAGAUAUUGACUUCCAUGUUCCAUCGGAGUACUUAACCAAUAUCCACAUAAGGGACAAGCUGGCUGCCAUUAAACUGUCUCGAUAUGGUGAAGACUUGUUGUUCUACUUGUACUACAUGAAUGGUGGGGACUUGCUACAACUUCUGGCAGCAGUAGAACUCUUUAACCGGGACUGGCGGUACCACAAAGAGGAGCGACUUUGGAUCACACGAGCACCUGGCAUGGAGCCGACAUUGAAGACCAAUGCCUACGAGAGGGGCACCUAUUACUUUUUUGAUUGUCUUAACUGGAGAAAAGUGGCCAAGGAAUUCCAUCUGGAGUAUGACAAGCUGGAAGAGAGGCCUCACGUGCCAACAACAUUCAACUACAACCCAGCCCAGCAGGCCUUCUAAGGCCGACCUGUCCAGAAGGCUACAGCUGUUCCUGCACAUAAUGCUGUUGUCCAGGGAGGGCGCUGUGGUUCUCACAGCCUGGUUUUUAUUCCUUGAGGAUUUGUUUGUUUGACUGCAGGGGAGGCAUGUCUGACAUCAGAACUACCCUCCUGUUCCAAAAUUUCAUGUUGCCCAGAACACCAACAUUUUUGUUUUUAUUCUAUUUGUUACCCCCUGAUUUUUUGUUUUGUUGAUUUUUUUUUUCAGUCUUGUUUUGAGCAGGGUCUGUGUUAUGUUUACGUCUGAGUCUGAAGCCUGAAUUCUCCCAGGAAGAAGGACUGACCCUCGUUUGUAACACCAGAAAAAGUGAGGGGGAAGGCAAAAUAAAAUCCUCAAACUCAAGUGAAAGGGUGAAAGAAAUGCAAUGUUUAUUGUUGCACUAUAUUUAGUAAUAAAAGAACACAAGAUUU